AUGGAGGGUGGAGAGGCAGCUAGCACAGGGGCUGCUUUGGGCCAGGACAGCUCAGUGUCCCCAGCCCUCAUGGUCAACCCCCAGGCCAGGCUGAUGGUUGUGGUGGAAGUAGAGGGAGGGCGAAGAGGAUCAGGCCCUACAGUCCUUCUGGAGGGGCCCAAGAGCAUCCGCUUGCUUCAGCCGGGUACUCCAGAUGCCCAGGAGGCUGAGCAGGAGCUGCUAGCACGAAUCCAGUCCACACUAGGCUUGGUGGCCCGAGGGUACAGUGUGGCCCUAUUGCUUCGGGGUCGGGAAGCAGAGACACCCCGGCUUGUACCUCAGCUGUUGCAGAUGCUGUUUGAGGAAGCUCUGCCUCCAGGGGGCCCUGAUCCUGUGCUUACUACCCUUAGCCUGGUGCAGCUCAGCCCCUGCGGGAAGACUCGGGACCUGCUCUCUCCAGGGACAGAGAACUUGUCAGUGCUAGAUGUGUCCCCCCUGGGCUUGGUAGUGGAAAAUGCCAGUGAGGUGGAGGUGUCUGACUCAAGAGUGGCCUCGGGGCUGUACUUGCAGGCUGCGGGCGAUGAAGGCAGGGCCUGCUCUCUGCUCACUGUCACCAUUUCCUGCCUGGGGCCUGAUCCUCCUGAGGGGCCUGGGAUUCAGGGCAUGUGGCGAGGGGCCUUGAGGAUCCUGCAGCUCCCCAGAGCCCUAGAUUGCCCCCUGCUGCAGGUAUUGGCUGGUAAGGUUAUUGGUGAGGAGGUGGAGGGCUCGUUGCCCUGGAUUGUCUCACGGCUCCUGGAAGGAAACAACUACAGUGGCCUUCUUCUUCGCCUGGACCCUCAAGGUGGCUCCCUGAGCUUGCUCUGGGCUGCUCUGUUGGGGGCUGAGGGAAGGAGGAUGCGGGCGAAACAGGUGAGGCCCACCCUGUGGGAUGCAGUAGAAGAGGGCCGGGCCCGCCGGGCUGGCCUGAAGAGCCUGCGUUCAGGCCUCCUUGGAGACAACCUGACGGACAGUGGGCUCAGCCAGUUGGGCAGGGCAUUGCGAGAAUUGCAGGUCUCAGAUGUGGCCUUGCAGUUCUUCUUGGCCCAAGCCCGGAGGAAGAGACUGCACGAACAGCACCAAAUAUGGAUCCAAGAGGAACUGAAGCGUUUGGGACAGGAGGAGGUGGUGGCAGGUGACCAAGUCAAAGCCCUGGUAGUUGGAAAGGAGGCCUCCAAGGAGAGGCAGAGAUGGCCCCGGGAGCAGACGAUGCUGAGACUGCAGCUGGAGGCCCUUCAAGCAGAGAAGGACACUGCGGAGCAGGACCUUGCAGCCCUCUAUGACCUGCACGUGCAGGCUGCCCGAGCUCAGACACGCCACAUGCUGCAGGUAUUCCGAGCCUGGCGAAGGUUGUGGGAGGAGCAGACCAUGACCACAGAGCAUCACCACCGCAGCCUACUGGCUGGUGUCCUACAAGACAACAUCAACCUGGCCAAGCAGAACCAGGAGCUCCAAGCCCAGAACCAGCAGCUUCAGCAGGGAGUAGAUUAGGCUGAGGCCAGUCAUUGGCAGAUUGCUGCCC